AUGUCAGUGCGGAUCAGUUUGAGUGACUCAUCGGCGGUGAGCAGUGGUCUGCGGGAGCUAUACGUCGGCCGGGAGUUGACGGACACCCGACUGGUCUGCUGUGACGGCUCAGUGUUGGCCCACCGAUUGGUGCUGUCGGCGGUGUCGCCACUCUUGCGGUCGCUGUUGACCUCCGAGUCGUCGUUGUCGUCGUCCACCGCUUCCGUCCUCUUCCCUGACGACCGCCGCGAAGACAUUGAGUCGAUUGUCGAUUGCGUGUACUUCGGCCACAAGUCGGUGGACACGACACGCGUUCAGCCGUUGAUACGAUUGGCCGCCAAAUAUGGUAUCGAUUUGCGGACGUCUGUCAGUGCGGUCAUGGCGUCCGGCCUUCGCGGCGAUGCCGUCCGCAACAACACCGCCGCUGAGGACGACGACAGCGCCGGCCCUACGGCUCAGCGAUCGGUUCCGUCGCCCCUAUCGAUGGCACCGCAUCUUCAGUGUCGCGGAACCGAUGAUAGGCGACGAGAAGUGAUUACCGCUCACGAGAGGGAGGAAAUAGCGAUCGAUUUGUCCGCCAAUUCGAGACCACAGCCCAAGAGAGACACUAUAAUGGAGGCAAUCGACGCCGUUGUGGCCAACACUGGAGCCGUCGGCGAACCAGUGGUCAAACGCCGGCGCAAACAAUUGGAUCCCAAAACGAUUGCUCCGAAGAAAACCAAAUCACAGGACACUAUCGAUCAGCUGAACCACAAAUCGUUGAACGCGUUAAGAAAUGUCUGCAAAGACCAAUGCUUUGCCCACAACUCUGGCCAGACGUCACUCAACGAGUCGUCGGUCGACAUUGCAAUUCCCUUAGCCUAUACAUCGUCUCAAUCGGAUCCCGAGACCACCACUACGAACGACACGACGGGUUCGGCCGCGGCUUUCAAUAGUAUCUUUCGGGACAAAGUUUGGGCCCAAUUGUUGAAAAUCAAUUUCUUGCGGCCGACCGUUGAUCCCGACGAGACGGACACCGAUUGUCCCGUCUGUUUGGUUACAUUCGUGACGUUUCGCCAAUUGAUUGAUCACUUGAAUACUGACCACAAGAUUAACAAUGGCUUCCAGUGUCGCAAAUGUGGCAAAAAUGUCAAAUACGCCAAAGCUUUAGUCACACAUAACACUCAAUGCAGUCUUUAG